AUGGCAUUUCCGUAUAUCGACACUCCACGCACCGAAGUGGAUGGAAACGCGACCUUUAUCAGCCAGGGACAGCGAAGCGCAACACGCCAUAACCUUUCUGCACUGGACUCAGUUGAGAAUUCGUUCGUAUCGCCAACGAAAGAUCACGAUAUAUUACGUGAAACAUCUGAUUCGCGCAAUCGACAGCGUAGAGUCUCACUUCGAACCCCUCGAGCAAGCCAAAUUCUUAAAUCAGCCAGACUCGAUAAACGAACAUUGCCCAAUUCAGCAUUGCCCAAGGGGGAGUUCACUCCCCUCAUGAAUAGCGUUACGAAGAAUAACUUUUUGCGAACUGGUGGUGAUCGCGCUCGAGGUGUGCCGGCCACGCCCGCGCUAUCGAAAAUAGAUGAAAGCAAUAUAUACGAAGGAGCUUCCAUGAAUAGUUCCGCCUAUGAUGCAACUCCUGUGCCUCAGGGUGCACCAAGCAGCGGCCAGAGUACCCCGUUACCUACACUCCCCCAAAGAGAUGGCGCGGGUGGGAUUAUCAACAAGUUUGAUAAGGAGAAUUUUGGACUCAAGUUGAAAAUACAUUAUUUGGAGGAACAGCUACGAAAGGCCGGGCCUGAGUUGAACCAAGCCGCCCUAAAAGAAAAUACGGAACUGAAAGUGUCGAAGCUCACCGUACAAAGGGAUUUGCAUCGAUGCAAAAAGAGCCUUAUCCAUGCUGAACGCGACCUGGAAUCCUGUCAGCUUCAGCUCCAGGAGCUCCGUGCGAAGCUGACUUCAAAACAGUCUGAUGGCGCAUCUCAGGAAACAAUAAAAUGGAUGCGUCAAGAAAUGGAGUCCAAAGACGCGGAUAUAGCAGAUCUUCAGGAACAAUUAAGAUCAGCGGAAUCCAAACGGGCGGAGGAGGCUGCCAAUCUAAGGGAAGAAAUUAAUGAGUUGGAAUAUACCAUUCGAGAAAAAGACAGGCACAUUGAGGAAAAGGAGGAAGAAAUUGACAAUCUUCAAUCUAAACAUGCUGAUGAAAACGCCAAUAUGGCCGAUUUGGAGACGGAGCUUGAAGAUGCCAGAAGCAAAAUUGAAGAUCUUCAGGAUAGCCUUGAGCGUGCAAGGACUGAGACCGAAGAUGCCGAAACAGCUUGCGAGCAAGCUCUCCAGGAAAAAGAACAAGCUGUUGAAGACUUGAGAGAACUUCAAGACGAGAUGGCAAAUAAAUCCAUUUCUGCUUCAGGGCUGACUCGUCAAUUGGAGGAGAGAGCAAAUAAACUGGAGUCCGAGCUUACCUCUGUUCGACAGCAAUAUGUCACCCUCCAAGAAAAACUGGAUGAGAAAGCACAGUUCGAACACCGCUUACAGGAGCAAAUCAAGGACCUCAGACAAGAGAACUCGUCGACAGAACGCGAACUGAUCUUCCUUCAAAAAGAACAUGCCAGUUGUCAAGGAAAUAUUGAGGAUAAAAUGCAUUCUGAAAAUAGAUUGCAAGAGCGAAUCGAAGAUCUUAAGCAGGAGCUUUCAUCUGCCAAAUCUGAUCUGCAGCACGAGCUUGAGCAGGCUCGUCAUGAGAAAGCAAUUGCAAUUCGUGACCAGAAGUCCACUUUAGCUCGCCUUCAGGCUCUUGAGGAUGAAUUACAACACAAAGGAGAAACAAAGACCCUGCUUCAAACCAGGCACGAUGCUUUAACAAACGAAUCGAAGGCCCUUCAAGGGGAUCUGGAUCGAGCAAAGAGGGUUAUUGCCGAGCUGGAGGAAGACGCUGCAGCUGAGCGACAAGAAUCGCUGAAUACGUUGGAAGAAAUGAGAAACCGCCACAAAGACGAGAUUGAUCGACUAAACUUGCAGAUUACGACACUUCGUCGUGAGGUAGACAAGAAGGACUCCUUAUUCAAUUCGGACUUGGACAAAUGGGAAAACAUCAAGCGAUCACUAGAGCUGGAACGUGACCGGGCACUGCAGCAAGCUGAGGCACAUAAACGAACAGUUGACAGUCUUCAGCAAAUGGAAACGACAAAGUCUGGGCGGGAGAAGAGAUUGCAAGACAUCAUUGACAGCGAGAAACAACGCCGUCUCCAACAGGAAGAACUCCUCACUCGUCAGAUAAAAGAGCUCAAUGAUGACAUUUCAUCUAGAAGGGAGGCAUCCGAAACCCAACGAUCCGAGCUACUCUCGCUGAAGGAACAACUCAGAGUCAGCCGGCGUGAAGAACAAACCCUCAAGGAAAAAGUUCAGGGUUUGGAAGACGAAAUUAUUGUCCUGCAGGCCAGCUUGGAAGAAGAGCAACAGUAUGCUUUGGCUCAACGGAAGGCUGGCAGCUUAGACACUGGCGGUCACCUACAGAGUAUUGCACAGGAGAAGCAGGCCCUUAGAGAAGAACUUACUGCCACGAAAUCGGCGCUCAAUGAACUCCGAGUUACCCUUGCUGAGGUAGAAGCUGAGAGGGAUGGCCUCCAAGAUGAACUUGCUCAAUAUGACCAUGUCGGCGAUGCAACACGAGUAGAUCAUGAAAAACUGGAGCUGAAGAAGGCAAAGUUACGUCUAGAACGAGACGUUAUUCGGCUAAAUACCGAGAAAAUUUCAUUGCAGGAAGCCAAAGAUGCCCUUCAGAAUGAGGUAGACAAUGAGCUUGUCCGUGCUGCGGCAGAGGAGGAGCGCCUGGCUGCAGAAAUCAGCCGAUUACAAGACAAGUUAUUUAUGGCUGAUGAUAAGAAAGAUCGCGAGCUUCUUUCAUAUAGAAGCAAGACUACUCGACUUGAAGCUCGCCUCAAGGAGCUUGAAGCUCAUCUUCAUAACCCUGUGCCACCGGAGCCUGCGUCUCCCCCAGACCAUGCUGAUGUGUCAAUAUUCCGCCAAUGCCUAGCGGAAACUCGGGAGCGUGAGAGAAUUAUCCUCCAGCGAGAAUCAGACUUGAAAUCAUCUAUUCGACUGCUCAAGACUCGUAUCACUGAUUUAGAAAAAGAGAACCAUGAUCUCCAGAUUGCGAAAUAUGAAGGCAGCUCUCCGAUUCCCUCUUCCCCUGCUUCACGGCUCGAGGAAGAAUUGCGAAAUCUCCGUGCUCAAAAUAUUGAAGCUCACAAAGCCUUGAAGGAACUAAAGGCCAAAAACCGUGAACUUGAACAGCAAAGGUAUUCUGCCAACGAGGAGAGCCAGAACUUUAGUGAAGUACUUGAUCUUUCUACGUUCGAUCCAGAAUCCAUCGCGGCCAAGUUAUCGAGACGUGAAGCCCGCAUUCGUGAGCUCGAAGGUGACAUCCAACGAAUCCGCGGAGAGCGAUCUACUGCUCUUAAGAACCUCAACGCAGCGGAUCGUAGGAUACGGUUACUGCAAGACCGCCAUCCCAAAGCUAUUCAAGAUAUGUCGAAGCAAUUGGAAAAACAGAAGAGUCGACAUGACAGGGAAUUGGAGGUUCUGCGAAUGGAGCUUCUCUGGAAUCAAGUACGUUUGAUUCGAGCAGAACAGUUCCGUAGAGACCUUGCCUGGUACAAGGAAGUAUCGCAGUAUAGAGAACAAGAGAGGAUUAGAACUACGUGUGCCCAAAUAGAGCGCCAGAUGAUAGCUAAUAUGGGUAUAGUGGUAUCUGAAGCUACCGAGCAACUGAGUCCUAUCCAGAAAUUCAGAGCUGGUAUUUCAGUCGCAUUGUUCAUCGCCCGAGCAAAGAGAGUGACAAUUGAAUGGAAGAAGAACUCACAAAUAGGAGAUCUUGUCAAGAGAGCCAAGAAAGACCAGCACAGAAAACACGGAAGAGUACUGCAGAGAUGA